CUUAAAAUGAACAACAUCUGGCAAAGGCCUUCCUCUGGAAUAAGGAGGCGAUCUUCAGAUCGGAAAGACACCUUCGACCGCUUUUCCUGGGAUGAACGAGCGGCUCGCAGAAGGGCGCACAGCGCCCUCGUUGUUCACGAAAGGAAUGCCCAUUUAUCCCAUGCAGAAACUGUAUCCCCGGAAGCACUUGUCGCCCGUGAUGGUACAGCUCAGAGCAACGAUAACAAGUUUCCUUCAUCAAGUACCUUUCCUCAGGAGUUAUUGAUAUCACAGGAUGCACCACACAACGACGGGCCUACCAUCUGGACGCCUUCGUCAACGAAAGAUACCACCAUCCAUUAUGAUAUGGACAUCGUGGAGGACGUGGGAAGCCUAUUAGAAGAGUUCUCGCGACUAAAAAGACUAGGCCAUUUCCAGGAGGCGGAACAAUACUUCGAAGAUUCUUUAUGUGCUUUUAUGGAAUUAUCGCCAGUUACGAUUGAGUUCGCAGACAUGCUAGUCGAACAGGGCUCAUAUGAGCGUCUACAUCGCGUUAUGUCGCAGCAUCAACAGCAGAAGCUAAAUACCUCUGACGGCAUCUCAAGCGUCCAGGAGGGCAGCCCUGCCAAAUUCCUGUACCAAGCGAACUUGCAACUCGUACAAGGGUUUGCAGCCAUGCAGUCCCACGGAUCUCUGGACGAGGCAUAUAGAACGGUGCGAUCUUUGGAGCGCCAAAUGCGUUUGCUAAGGCGACGUCGGAGGAGAGACCCGAAUCUGGACCUGGACUCGGCUGAAGUGCAAGUGAUCCGCUAUGCCCUCUUGACUCUAUCGCAAGUUGAGCGAGAAACCGAUCUGAUCCCAGAACAUGAAUUCAGCUUCUGGUCCAAUUGGCGCUAUUUGUACAGUACUCUCGUGAUUGAGGGGCGAGUGUGGGAUGUGCGAGACCUGAUGCUCGCUUCUAUCCAAGCAGAAGGUGCAGAAAAUGCUUGGAACUUGAUAUUCGGAGCAGAACUUGAUGCUUCCAAUGAGGCGUUCCGCAAGCUGAGGGACGACUGGUGUUUGCAUCGGUAUGAUGAGUCAACGUAUCUCGCUAUUCUAGAUAUUCUAGUAUCUCUGAGUCGCAGUUUGUCCUCAUGGUCUAUCUCGAUACCAGAAAGACAGGACUUGCUCACAGCUCAACGAUGUCUCCAAUAUGCGCAAGCCCUUGCAACAUGCCUCAAGGAGAACAACCCGCCGCUGGUGAGAUCCCGUCCUUACCUACAGUGGGUUAUCGCCGAAGCAGAAUUGGAGAGGAAGCUUCUACUCAAUCCCUCAGAUCUGCGAGACCACCUCGACAGAUUUCCAGGCCUGACAGUAUGGAGGGGCUCUGUUCCCAUAUAUCUCCCAAUCAAGACGGAGAACCCAAAGUGGACGGCACCCAAAGACGGGGGACGGCACUACGAUUUUCUUGAAACCGUUCUUCAGACGGCGCAGGACCUGAAGGAUCAUAGAACCGAGGUUUUAUGCUUGGGUGAGCUAAUCUAUCGUUCGGUAAACACGAGCGAAAGGUUGACUCGGCUAUCCAAUCUUCAGAAGUCCAUCCAGGGGGAUGUUCUCGGCUAUCAGCAGACUUUCUUGUCGUGGUUUCUUCUUGCUCAUACUGAACAAGAUUAUAAACUUCUUUUGGAUGGCCUGAGAAGAAUACGGGAACCAAAACGAUCCGGGAGAUCUAUCUAUUCUCUUAGUGACUGGUGUGCAAUCGUCAUCGAACGGGCUAUUGCACAUUGCCUAGCUGAAGAUCUAUCGCAUUCGGAAGAAGCUUUCCAAGACUCUAAGGAGGACUUCUCCACCUACCUCCCGCAGUAUAUAAGAGAUCGGUUGGAGGGGCUCGGCCUGGAUAAGGUCUAUUUUGCGCCCUCAAGGACUGGAAAGCCUCAGGAUCCUGGAAGACGACAACGCAGUAUUACAGAUGUUUUGACACUGAAGCAGGAUACUCAAUCCCACCGUUCGCCUGAAGUUUCGAGUGACGAAGAAGCUCAAGAACAGUCCGAGCCACUUAUCCUCUUGAGGCAGCCAAGUUGCACUUACACAGAACCAGAGGAAAGUGAUGAUGAGGAUAGCGAGUCUACCACUGAUAGUACCUUUGACACAGCUAGAUCAGAUCAUGGUGGGGUGGAUGAUGAGCAGAUCCACUCGACAUCGCCUGUUCAUAGCACUUCACAAUUUGGACCAAUUUCUAGAAGUGCGACUGUUGAAGAUGCCAGUAGUAGCAUAUACGAGGAUGAAUGA